AUGAAGACUUCCACGACAAUACUUGCAAUUACAUCAUGGGCGAGUUGUGGGAUUGUGGCAGCAAAGCCGAUAUAUGAUCAUCAACCUGCGCUGCUUCACGGACUACAGAUCGAGGAUUCGGAUUCAUACUCACCACCCUUUUAUCCUUCGCCAUGGAUGAAUCCUCGCGCGGAAGGAUGGGAGGACGCGUAUCAAAAAGCGCGGGACUUUGUAUCCCAGCUGACAUUGCUGGAGAAGGUCAACUUGACGACAGGUGUUGGCUGGCAAAAUGGACCCUGUGUUGGUAAUACCGGAUCAGUACCUCGCCUUGGUUUCAAGGGACUCUGUUUGCAAGAUUCCCCUCAAGGUGUGAGAUUCGCAGACUAUGUCUCGGCUUUCACAUCCAGUCAGAUGGCAGCCGCUACAUUUGACAAGACCGUUCUAUAUGAGCGCGGUGUUGCCAUGGCCCAAGAGCACAAAGGCAAGGGCAUCACGGUACAACUGGGUCCUGUAGCUGGGCCGAUGGGACGCGCUCCUGAAGGAGGUCGAAAUUGGGAAGGGUUUUCGCCUGAUCCCGUUCUGAACGGCAUCGCCAUGGCCGAGACGAUCAAGGGUAUGCAGGAUACCGGAGUAGUGGCCUGCGCCAAACACUACGUCGGGAAUGAACAAGAGCAUUUCCGCCAGACAGGCGAGGCCGCAGACCACGGAUACAUUAUCGCCGAAUCGAUCUCUUCUAACAUUGAUGACCGCACUAUGCACGAAAUGUACCUGUGGCCCUUUGCCGACGCUGUGCGUGCUGGUGUUGGUUCCUUCAUGUGCUCCUAUAAUCAGAUCAACAAUUCCUACGGAUGCCAGAACAGUCACACACUGAAUAAGCUCCUCAAGAGCGAGCUGGGUUUCCAGGGCUUCGUGAUGAGUGAUUGGCAGGCACAGCAUUCCGGCGUGUCAUCGGCCCUGGCUGGGCUCGACAUGACGAUGCCGGGCGAUACAGUAUUUGACUCGGGAUUCAGCUUCUGGGGAUCCAAUCUCACUAUUGCCGUUCUGAACGGUACCGUGCCCGAGUGGCGCAUCGACGAUAUGGCGAUGCGUAUCAUGGCAGCCUAUUUCAAAGUCGGACUGACUAUCGAGGAUCAGCCUGACGUGAACUUUAACUCGUGGACCUUUGAUACCUACGGAUACAAAUACUUCUAUAGUAAGCAGGACUAUGAGAAAGUGAAUUGGCAUGUGGACGUGCGUGCAAACCACGCAAAACAGAUUCGUGAGACUGCCGCCAAGGGAACCGUUCUGCUCAAGAAUGUCAACGGCGCGCUUCCCUUGAAACAACCUCACUUUGUCGCGGUGGUUGGCGAAGACGCGGGGCCAAACCCUAAGGGUCCAAACGGAUGUGCUGAUCGCGGCUGCGACGAGGGUACCCUUGCGAUGGGAUGGGGAUCUGGGACGACUCAAUUCCCAUUCCUUGUGACUCCAGACUCGGCGCUUCAAGCCAAGGUCUUGGAAUAUGGUGGUCGAUAUGAGAGCAUCUUUGACAAUUACGACAGCAGCGCUAUCUCCGCGCUUGUCUCUCAGCCAGACGCUACUUGUAUAGUCUUUGGUAACGCGGAUUCUGGCGAAGGCUAUAUCACCGUCGACGGCAACUGGGGCGACCGGAACAAUCUCACUCUGUGGCAGAAUGCGGAUGAAGUGAUCCGCAAUGUGAGCUCUUUGUGCAAUAACACCAUCGUCGUCCUUCAUACUGUCGGUCCAGUUCUGCUGAAUGAUUACUAUGAGCAUCCCAACAUCACUGCGAUUGUUUGGGCCGGUCUGCCUGGAGAGGAAUCGGGCAAUGCCCUUGUGGAUAUUCUCUGGGGCUCAGUCAACCCAGCUGGUCGAACCCCAUUCACCUGGGGCAAGUCUCGCGAGGACUACGGCACCGAUGUGAUGUAUGUUCCCAACAACGGAGACCAGGCACCUCAGCAACUCUUCUCCGAGGGGAUCUUCCUCGACUACCGACACUUUGAUCAGGCCGGCAUUGACCCGAUCUACGAGUUUGGUCACGGUCUCUCAUACACCACGUUCUCCUACACCGAUCUGCGCGUCGUCAAGAAGCACGCUCGUCCCUAUCGACCCACGACAGGCAACACCAUUCAAGCCCCCGUCAUCGGACCCUUGCCUAGCCAAUUCCUCAGCGACUACCAAUUCCCUUCGGAAUUGAAGUACAUCUCAACCUACAUCUACCCCUACCUCAACAGCACCGAGUCACUCCGCGCCGCCUCCGAGGACCCCCAGUACGGCAGCACCGCCUUCAUCCCGCCUCACGCCCUCGACGGCAACCCGCAGCCUCUCAACCCAGCCGGCGACCCCGUCACCAGCGGCGGCAACAGCAUGCUCUACGACGAGCUGUACGAAGUCACGGCCAAAAUCACCAACACUGGCGGGUUAGCCGGUGACGAGGUCGUCCAGCUCUACGUCAACUUGGGCGGCGACAAUCCACCUCGCCAACUCCGUGCAUUCGAUAGGAUGCACUUGCUUCCGGGCGAGAGCAAGACUUUCAGAGCGAAUUUGACGCGUCGCGAUUUGAGUAACUGGGAUGUCAAGACGCAGAAUUGGCGCGUGAUCAAGUCGGCCAAGGAGGUUUAUGUUGGACGGUCGAGUCGGGACUUGCCUUUGCGUGCACGACUCGAGGCGUGGUGA